AACAUGGCAGAUAUUAAUUUAGAUACUUUUAUCCUGAAAAUGCAAGAUGUGAACGCGGUGAAGUUUGGGAAAUAUAAACUCAAAAGUGGCAUAUGGACGCCUAUUUACAUCGACCUGAGGGUCCUCGUGUCCCACCCGUUGCUUCUCAAUCAGAUGUCCAAGUUCAUCUACCAAAGAGCUCAAGAUGAGAAUCUCAAGUUCGACUUGCUUUGUGGUGUCCCAUACACUGCAUUGCCUAUCGCUACCAUCAUCUGCUCCACGCACGAGCUGCCUAUGCUCAUCAGGCGCAAGGAAGCGAAAGACUACGGAACCAAACGUCUGGUUGAGGGCUCAUUUAAAGAGGGAGAUACGUGCCUCAUCAUUGAAGACACAGUGACCAGCGGUGCCAGCAUCCUGGAAACAGCAGAAGUGCUGUACAAAGAAGGACUGAAGGUGACGGACGCCAUCGUGUUGAUGGACCGAGAACAAGGCGCAGUAGACAUGCUGGCUUCCAAGGGUAUCAGGCUUCAUCCCAUCAUCUCCAUGUUCAAGCUGCUGGACGUGCUUAAGGCCUCGGAACGCAUUGACGCGUCUACGGCGCAGAGUGUGCGCGAGUUCAUCUUGGCUAACAACACUUUUAAGCCUAAUAAGGAGAAUGGCAAUGAUGUGCCGGCAUCCAAGAAGCAAUGUGUGGAACGAGAGCUAAGCUAUGAAGAUAGAGCCAAACUUCCGAAUGUUCACCCUGUGGCGUCGAAGCUGUUGAACGUAAUGGCGGCCAAGCAGUCCAACCUUUGCUUGUCUGCCGAUGUCACCGGCACCGAGGAGCUGCUCCAGCUAGCUGACAUGCUGGGUCCCAAGAUUUGCUUACUUAAAACCCACGUAGAUAUCUUGAAGGACUUUACUGAAGCUUUCAGUGAGAAGCUGCAGGCUGUUUCUGAGAAGCACAACUUCCUCAUAUUUGAAGAUCGCAAAUUUGCUGAUAUUGGGAACACGGUUAAACACCAAUAUGAAGGCGGAUUGUACAGGAUCUCUUCAUGGUCGCACGUGGUGAAUGCUCACGCUGUGCCGGGGGCCGGCGUCGUGAGCGGCCUGGCUUCUGUCGGGACACCCAUGGGUCGAGGCUGUCUGCUAAUUGCGCAGAUGAGCUCACGGGGCUCGCUGGCUACGGGCACCUACACCGAGGCGGUGGUGAAAAUGGCUGAGGAGCAUUCAGACUUUGUAAUGGGCUUCAUCUGCGGGUCAAAGGUCACAAAGAGACCUGAGUUCAUCCAUAUGACGCCAGGCGUGCAAAUGAAAGCUGGAGGAGACAUGUUGGGCCAGCAGUACACAACUCCUGAGGAGGUCAUCUUCGAAAAGGGCUGUGAUGUCAUCAUCGUUGGACGCGGCAUCCUGGAAGCGUCGGAUAGGCCGGGCGCCGCCGAGGCUUACAGGAAGUCAGGCUGGGAGGCGUACACGCGCAGGAUGGCCAAGAGUGGACAAUAG